AUUGAAAUGCAUUUGAUUUUUGUUUUGAAAGCGAUUUAAAAGAUUAAAAACAAAAUUAAAGGCAAUUUGUAAACAACACGACAAUCGACUGCUAAUAAUGUCUCAAUUGAUGCACAAAUUGAAUCGACUCUUGUGUCCAGUCGUUGACAAUGGUCUCAAAAUGAAUGUCACAUUCACCGCAAACAUACUGUCCGUCCGCUACCGGAAAGCCUUAGUUCCGCGCAAACACGUGGAGCCGGACUUCCGGCGCAAACAAAUGCUGGCCGUCUGUGAGCCCAUCUUCGCGGCCGACAAACGGCUGCCGUCUGAGAGAUGUUAUAAUCUUGAGCCGAAACGCGAGCGCGAAGUCCAUCCGUGGGAUCGGCUAUUGGCCGAAGACAUGAAACGCGAGCUGCGGACGUCUCGUAUGAUCUGUUUCUUCCACCAAAACGUGAUGACGAAUAGGGAGAAGAAGUUGUGCGCCAAUAGCUACCAACACGAGCACAUGUAUCUCCGGUACUAUAACCCCGAUAUCGCGCAGUUGGCUAUGAGUGACACCAAAUGGGCGCCGGCUCUACACCUGUGCAGCGAACGGGCCGUAACAGUGCUCUUCUCGGAUGAGCCCCGAGUGGCAAAGAUGUUGAAAGUGACCAAAAAGUGUCCGCAACUCAUACUUAUGGCCGCCAUUAUCGACGACCGCUUCCUCAGCGUCGCGGAUAUCAAAGAUUAUAACCGUUUGCCUCAUUUGCAGACAUUGAGGGCCCAGUUGUCGCACACGCUGUCGAUGGCCACCAGAUCCGUGUCCGAUAAGGCAUUCACGCCAAUCAUUAGUCUCACGAAUAGUAUUGAUUCGUAUAUUAGAGACAAAAAUAAGUGA